CACUUGGCUUCUUGGCGGCGAUAAUGGAGCUGGGGCCGGCCACCGGGCAGCCGGCGCAACAGUAUGCCCACCAUCCCCAGGCCCUCUCGGGCGGCGGUCCCUGCCCGGAGAUGCUGCAAGUGGCCGAGGAGGCUUUCCGAGGCGGACAGUUCGCGCUGGCGGCCGAAAUCCUGAGCUCGCAGCUGGCCGAGCUGCCGCAGCCCGAGCGGGGCCUCUGCCUCCGUCAAGGGGACGCGCUGGCCCGCGCGGGGCGCAUGGCCGAAGCGUUGGACUCGUACAGCGUCGCCGCUAGAUUGGCCCGCUUGCGGCCCGAGGAGUUACGCGAGCUGACCGAGAGUUUUGCUCUUCUCGUCCGCGACAAGGAACUGCGGCUGCCUCCCUGGCAGGGCCCUGGGAGCGGCAGCGGGGGCACCCCGGAGGCGGCUGACCCGCUGGGGGACCCCGCUUGCUGCCGCCCUCCGGAGGCGCUAUGCUGCCCUUCGUGCCUGCGUCUCCUCCACGAGCCGGUGACUCUGCACUGCGGGCACACCCACUGCAAGCGGUGCGCCCGGAGCGACGGCGGGCAGUGUGUCCGCUGCCCGCUCCGGCGUCCCAUCCCCGCCUGUGCCUCUUCCGCGGCCUCCAGCACGGCCGGGCAAUCCCCCGCCGACCUCCGCGUCAACGUGGUGCUGGGCAGCUUGCUAGAAAAAUGGUUCCCGGCCGAGAACAGAGCGCGCCGGCUGUGCGCCGAAGGGGAUGCCUUGCUGGAGAAGCAAGAUCUGGCGGCCGCUUUGGAGAAGUACAACCAGGCCCUUGAACUCGCUUCUUGUAGAUGUUGGUUAAUAGCACAGCGGGCAGAACUUUGUACAGCUAUGAAGAAUUAUCAAAAAGCCCUUCAUGAUGCAGAAAUACUGUGUCAAAAUAAACCCCAUUGGCCUAAGAGUCAUUAUGUCAAAGCACAAGCUCUUUCUGGAUUAGGAAGGAUUGAAGAAGCAUUGAAGGAAUUUCUUUAUUGUGUUGCCUUAAAUCCUGAGUGGAAUUCAAUGAAGAUGGAAGCCCAAAAGAUAAUGUGUGAGAUGUUUUUUCCAGCAUUUGAAAAUAUUCCUGAUAGUUUAACAACACCUUUUUGUAAUCGGACCUCUUAUACAAGAUUGAAACCUGCAUUUCUAAGUAGCAUAAAUACACAAUCUUCUAGUGAAGAUGGGUCAACAGCAGAGAGCUCAAAGGAGACCAUGUUGAGGUUAACAAGAAAUCCUUCCCAAGAGAAUGAUGUCUAUCGCUGUAUUGAUUCUUCAAUUUCCCAUCAUGAAUUCUACUUUGAAGAGAACAAGAAAACUUUAGGAAAAGUCCUCUCCAGCCUACCCAAUGCAAACUUGAAAAGAAAAUUUUCUACUGAUGUGGGAGACUUACAGAAUCUGGAUGUCCCGAGCAAAAUCCCUAGAAAAGAUGGUGAUGCUACUUGUGGAAACUCAGCUUCUCUUCCCAUAAAAGAGAUUCCUACAAAUCUUAUGGAUGCAUCUGACUUUGAGUGUUCUCUUUGUAUGAGGUUAUUCUAUGAGCCUGUUACUACUCCUUGUGGACAUACGUUCUGCCUCAAAUGCCUUGAACGUUGUCUGGAUCAUAAUCCCCACUGUCCGCUUUGUAAAGAAAAGCUCUCAGAUUUUUUGGCAAAUCGAACUUACAAAAAGACCAUCCUUACUGAAGAAUUAAUAGUUCGCUACUUUCCAGAAGAACUAUCUGAAAGGAAAAAGGUUUAUGAAGAAGAAAUGAAGGAAUUAUCAAAUCUGAAUAAAGAUGUUCCCAUUUUUGUAUGCACUAUGGCUUUCCCUACCAUUCCUUGUCCUCUUCAUGUCUUUGAACCCCGUUAUCGAUUAAUGAUAAGAAGAUGCAUGGAAACAGGCACUAAACAAUUCGGCAUGUGUUUAACUGAUGAACUGAAAGGGUUUGCAGAUUAUGGCUGCAUGUUGGAAAUCAGGGAUGUGAAGUUUUUCCCUGAUGGACGCUCAGUUGUUGAUACAGUUGGUGUUCGGCGUUUUAGGGUCUUAUGCCAUGGUCAGCGAGAUGGAUAUAAUACUGCAAAUAUUGAAUAUUUGGAAGACGAAAAGGUUGAAGGGGCAGAGUACGAAGAGCUGGUCCGCAUUCAUGAUUCUGUUUAUGAUCAAGCUGUAUCCUGGUUUACUUCUCUUAAAGACAAUAUGAAAGCACAAAUUUUAAACCAUUUUGGACCAAUGCCAGGGAAAGAACGUGAGCCACAGAGUAAUCCCAGUGGUCCAGCUUGGUACUGGUGGCUGUUGGCAGUAUUACCACUAGAGAACAGAGCCCAAUUGGCCAUUCUUGCUAUGACUUCACUUAAAGAUCGUCUCAUUGCCAUUCGUCGUGUAUUAAUAUUUGUGACCCGCAAAAGACCCAGAUGACACAGUCUUAUUUGUGAAGACACACUGAAAACAACUAGUUUCUAAUUCUAAUAAGAAAACAGUUGGUAAUUGAACAGUUCUUCCCUCUGCUCAUUUAAGCAUUCAUUCUUCUUUGCACACGCUGGACCCAAUAGUUAAUCAAGUAUUCUGUGCCUCUUGUCCUGGAAUAAUCUGAGCCUCUUGGAAGUUGUGCCACAACAGAGCAUACAGUAGUUGCAGGCAUCAACUGAGUACAUAAUCAUCACCUACUUAUUAUAAUGAGACAAUUGAGUCAGAAGUACUAAAAUGUCUACAAAUCCCCAGUUGACAUUUUUAUUUCUUUGUCGAAACAGACUUGGAGUAGUGGAUUAGAAACUGAGAAUAUGUAUUGUUAGAAUUGUCCUUGUGGUAGCUAGUUGAAAAGAAAUUCUCAAAUGUUCCUCUGGAAGAAAGCACCAACAGCAACUUUUUAUCUGCAAGGUGGACAAAAGUAUCGGACAUAAAUGGGAUUGCCAGGAUAAAAUGUUCCACUUCCAAAGAACACUGUUCAAAACAGUAUCUGAUGAAAUAGCUUUGUGGCUGGUUAUAAGCCAAUUCCUUGUGUUUGUAAUUUGCAUGCUAUAUGUAUUGAGAAAAAUGUUUCAUAAUAUAUCUAAGAAGACUGAGUCAUUCUUCCCUCCCAAGCCCGCUUUCCAUCAGGAAUCUACAAUAAGGAGUUACCUAUGGACAGCCUUGUAGUUGGGACAUGGAACUAACCGCCUUCCAAGUGGACAUAACUGUGUCUUAGGGAAAGCUUCUCUCUGCCAUUAAAUACUUGAGAUUGCAAAGCUCCGUGGCUGGAUCAUGGCCAGCAUAUUUAGUGUAUAUCUACACUAUUAAUUUCAAGCUCUUCAGCGAUCAUCUUAACUAAAGGCUGUUGAAAAAUCGAAUCACCAUUUCAAUUUUAUCCUUCUAGUUUUAUCUGGAAGUAACACUUAAGUAAAAUCCAUCUUUACUCACAACUGCCAUACCAGCCUAAUAGGUUCUUCUAAGAAAACUUAAUUACAUAUACUUUUGAAAACCAAAACCUUAAUAUUACUUGUUUGUACCGAAUACUGUUCGUGCUUGAAGUUCUUGCUGACAUGAAAGGAGACACAAAUGGAAUCCUGUACUGCAAAUUUCAAUGCAAGUUUAAAUUAGAUGUAAAUAUAUCUGUAUUUUGAUGUCUUCAUAUAUGUGAUUAACUUUUUAAAAAUGGUCGAAUUAUUGGAAAUAGUUUAGUUGUAAACAUGAAACAGCAAAUCAGUAUUGCUAAUUCAAACUGCUGGGAUCUCUGAAUUUCCAGAAAUGAACAGGACAUGAAAAUAAUAUUAUUUCAGGUUUUAGAACAUAGUGCAAAGACACAACAAGCUAAAAGAUAUCGGGUGUAAAAAAAAAUUAAUCUGGCAAGAAAAUAAUGACAAUACCAAAAUAUUUCAAAAGUGCCUCCUUUAUGAAUUAGAAACAGCAUGUGCUCUUUGGACAAAGGCAUAGAAAUUUCAAAUGUAUACAGGAAGUCUAAUAUCAAAAAGACUGAUUUUAGUAAGUACUAUAAUUGUGUGGUAUUAGAAGAUUGUCUAAAAAAUCUUGACCAGAUAGCAGUUUCCUAAGACUGAUCAACACAGCCUGAAUGUACUGUAAUUGCUUCUUCUUGGAAUUCACUUUUUGUAGUUAAGUAUUGACCUGUGACUGCUCUUUCAAUUGUUAACUGUGCAACUUGCAAAUGAAGUUCUAAUAAUUUCUGCCAUAGCCUUCCUGCAAGUUCUAAUUUCUUUACCACAGUUUGUAGAUUCUCUUUCAAGUAUUUUUUUAAAGUUUGCACCUGGUCCUGGCUGACCUUGGUGGAUCUUGAAUACUAAACAAAGUCAGUCCUCAUUACUACUUGGAUAGGGAAUCAUCUGGCAUCUCUGAAGCUGUAGGUGAGACCAAGAAAUUUAAAACAAAAACGUGCCAGAAGGAGGCCAUGGCAAGCCACAUCAGUGGCUUGCCAGGAAUACCGCAUGAAUUUCUCCAGGUAGUCACUAGAAGUCAGGCAUGAUGUUACUGUUUCAAAAUUAAAGCCAGAGAGAAGGAGGUUCUCACUUAGUUCUCCUUUCUAUCCAGUCCCUGGGUGCUAUCACACUUUCCUUCAACACAGCUGUCUUCCUGUUCAUUCACUGGACUAUAAAAGCUUCCAAGUUUUAUCAAGAAAGAAGUUUUUCAAAAUGAACCUCAGUGAUUUUUUGCAGGGAACUUGGACCACCUUCAUUAUUUUUCACAGUUUUAGCUGUGAUUACUUGGAAUGUCUCUGGCAAGAUUUUGGUUCACAUCUUGGUUUUCUCUUUCCCUUUUCUGUUUUGUUAUGUUACUAAUUGAACCUACAGAACAAUUCAGCAUAAGUACAAUUAACUAAUUUCUUCCUAAGUUACUGUUUUGGCACUUUCCAUUUUUGAGGCAGAAUCCUAUAUACUAUUCCUUAGAUUGCCAUCUGAUGCUAUCUUUUGGAUGAGGAAUUUUAUGACAGUCUUCAGCAUGGUACUUUUGCGCUUUAAAAUCAAAAGCCAGGCUGAUGAGCCUUUCAGCCAUCAGAACUUGCUCACCUCAGCAGAAAUGCUAACAUAAGUAUAUGAUGAAAACCAUAAUUUUUAUGUUCUUUUCUUUCUCUUAGGCUGAUCAAUCUAGCAAUUUACAGAGAACUGAGGAUUACAGUGUCCUCAUUGUCUAAAAUGCUUUGCAGAAAUAAUAUUGAGAACAUAUUUUUAUUGAUUAUAAGAGGGCUGCAAAGACAUCACAGCCACACCUGUAAAAAGCACGCAAAAACCUGAAAUCCGUAAUAGUUUGCUUCCAAAUAAUAGGUGAAGUUUAGACCAUUUUAAAUUUCACCACUCAUGAAAUAUUUGCUACAGUGGCCUUUAUCUACUGUUUUCAAAUACCCUUUUUUCCUUUCAGUUGCUAAGGGUGCUUUGGGAUUCCGAUAAGCUGAUAAGCUGCGGAUUUCUGCUCUUUGAUUCAUGCUGCAGUUCAUUUUCAAUGAAAAGGAAUAAGAUUUGUUUAGAAAACUGUGUGCAUUAGUCAUACAGCGCUUUGCGUAACUGAAGGUCUGGUGUUGGGUAGCGCCUUAAUUUUGCAGCACUAGAAUGAUUGUAUCAACAAAGCACCAUAAAAACAAAAUCUGGCGCUCGUGACCAGUUUUUAAAAAAUAUUUAAUGUAGAUAAAACUUGAAGCAAAUAUACUCAUGUUUUGAAACUGGUUGAUGUGUAUGUGGAUAAGUGUAGAUCGUUGUACAUAAGUGUAAAUAUAAAUUAUUCCUUUUUAUACUUAGUAAAACAAAGUCAGGUAUGUGUUACAGCUAGGUUUGGCACUUUGUUGCAUAAAACCAAACUUUUUUUUAAAAAAAAUUGCUGCAAUGUUCUUUUUGUGUAUAUUUGGAAUAUCCAUGGAAAAACAUAUUUAAGUGACAUUUCAAAUAAAUAAUUUUUGUUUGCCAUUGU